CUCCCUCAGUGCUUGAAUGAUUCUGGCAAAAAAGGAGUUAAGUCUAUUCUAUUCAUGGGGCAAAGCAGCCUCUCUCCUCCAAAACUAGCCAUCUGGAUUUAAUAAAGUCUAGCAAACGAGGCUGUGAUCCCUCCCCUCUUUUACGGAGAAACUGUCAAAACAUUCCAAUGGUCUGAGCUACAAUCCAGCGCAGAGAUUGCUGGCAAAGCACAAGAAACCAGGUACUACAAUUAUGGCUCUCCAACGCGCCUUGCUUCUGCUGGUUAUCCUGGCCAAUGCCAUUGACGGGCAACAGCAGCAGUUAAUGGAGUACAUGGAGAGGAGGCUCGCUGUCUUAGAGGAGAGGAUUUCCCAGUGGCAUGAUCAGAGCAGCCGUUACUCCAGUGAGCUGAGGGAUUUCAAGAACAAGGUGGUGUCCAUGUUGGAGACAGUGGAGAAAGACCGGGAGACACUCCGGGCAGAGGUGGAAAACACUGCAGUGCGGGUGGACCGAUUGGAGCGAGAGGUGGACUACCUUGAAACCCAAAAUCCUGCCCCACCCUGUGUGGAGGUGGAUGACAAGCUCAUGGAGAAUCAGGUUUCCAGUGCCAAGAAGCGUAAGAAUGAGAAGUACAACAAACUGACAGACUGCAGUGAUACUGUGUCCCAGGUGAAAGCCAUGAAAAUUCUAAAGCGGUUUGGCGGCACUGCUGGACUCUGGACCAAAGACCCACUGGGGAAUUCAGAGAAGAUCUAUGUAUUUGAUGGUACUAGCAAUGACACUGUGUAUGUCUUUCCCAGGAUGAGGGAGUUCACACUCUUCUCUGCUACACGAAAGGCUGCACGCAUAAAGCUACCCUAUCCUUGGGUUGGCACUGGACACUUAGUGUACGGGGGCCAUCUUUAUUAUAUCCGACGACAUGGUACUUUCCAGGUCAUCAAGUUUAAUCUGGCCAACAAGACUAUUGUUGACAGUUCAGUUUUCCCUGCUGAGGAGCAGAUCCCUGUGUUUGGACUUGCAUCCUACAACUACAUUGAUCUGGUGGCUGAUGAGGAGGGGAUCUGGGCUAUUUAUGCCACCCAAGAGAAUGAAAAAAACAUAGCACUGGCCAAACUAGACCCUGCAACUCUAGACAUUGAGCAAAUGUGGGACACACCGUGCCCUCGGGAGAAUGCAGAGAGUGCUUUUGUCAUCUGUGGAGCGCUGUAUGUGGUUUACAAUACCCGGCUUCCCAGCCGAUCCCGUAUCCAGUGCGUCUUUGAUGUCAGUGGCUCAAUAUCACAUGAAGAUGCUGCCCUGGUCUACUUUCCCAAGCGAUACGGCUCUCACUCCAGCAUGAAGUACAAUCCCAAAGAGAGGCAGAUCUAUGCCUGGGAUGAUGGCUAUCAACUCAUUUACCGCAUGGAGAUGAAGAAGAAGACCGAAGUCUGAGAAAGGCCUGGGGCUGUGGUGGAGAGAGCAUCAGAAACAUGUUCCGUUGCCUCCCUCCAGAUACAACUCAGCUGCCGCCUACUCAUGCACAUAACUUGUUCAGCUCCUUAGAAAACCAGCAAGCACAGACUAAACUGGACUUCCUGUUAUAUGAAAUGCUUUUAAUGCAGAAAUUGCCUGACUUGUCAAUUUUUGUUUUUCAAUUCAUUUAAAAUUGGAUUAGUCUUUUUUUAAUGAAAAAAAUAUCUUAUGUUUGAAAACAUCAUCAUCAAUAACAAAAUUUCCUGGGGAAUAGAGUCAAUCAGCUUUGGGUCUGAGGUAAGGGCAGAUGUCCCCAAAUUUUCAUGCGGCCCUAUAUCUUAGAAAUCAAAUUGGCAUCUGCCAGCCAGCACUAUUAUUUCAUAGAUGCCUCCUUUUUACAAAGACAACCCAGAAGGAUUUUAAAGAGACUGCCCAUGGGAGGGAGCGGGCAGGCACUCAUGACUCUAAGGCCAGACAAUGAGUUUGCACUGCAAUAAUAAUGAUAAUAAAGAAUCUCCCAUAGGCUUUGGUUAAUUUAACAAGAAUGUUUUUCUUGCAUUUCUUUGCCCUCAAUAUACUUUAAUUGGAGAGUCUAGGUGGCAGUUUCUUGCUUGUUUGUUGUACCUUAUUUCUAUUGUUAUAUUUAAAUAUCCCUUCUAUUAAUCAGAA